CCUACAGUCACAAGACCUCUCACCUGAGCAGUGUCGGAUUGUCUGUUUUUCUAAAAAAACACAGAUAUUGAAGCUUUUCUCAGUUUUAGAACAUUUAAUCGAUAAUAUAUUUGGCCAAAAUGGCUAAUGUUAGCGAGGAAAAUGUUAGUCAGUUAAUUCCAACGCUAGGUGACGAAAAAAUCGACAUGAUUGCGGCCACCAGCGUCCUACAGAUCCGGGCAAGUGAGAUACGCCAAACUCAGAUUAACUGGCAGUCAUAUCUGCAGUCGCAGAUGAUCACUCAGCGCGAUCACGAUUUUAUCGUGAACUUAGACCAGCGCGGCCAAAAAGAUCUGCCUGACAAGAAUCCCGAUGCCUGUGCCGAAGUCUUUCUCAACCUCCUGACGCAUAUCAGCAAGGACCACACCAUUCAAUACAUUCUUGUGCUCAUUGAUGACAUUCUUUCUGAAGAUAAAUCGAGGGUGAAGAUAUUUCGUGAGACGAAAUUCUCUGGCAACGUUUGGCAGCCCUUCCUGAAUUUGCUGAACCGUCAGGAUGAAUUUGUCCAGCACAUGACUGCUCGCAUCAUUGCCAAGCUAGCUUGCUGGCAUCCGCAGCUGAUGGACAAAAGUGAUUUGCACUUUUAUCUCUCCUGGCUUAAAGAUCAACUCAAGACCAAUGCCGAGGAAAUGACAGCUGAGUUAGAGCAUGCUGAGCAGGUUAUGUUGGAGCAUGAAAAAGAAAAGUUCUCUGAUAAACACAAACAUCACAAGGAGAAGGCUCAUCAUUCUGAUGCAGGAAAUGAAAAAUAUUCGAGCCUUUACAGCUCUUUUGACGAGCUAAAACCGCAUGAGGACUUGCCGCCUGGCCUGCAUAAGAACAACGACUAUAUCCAGUCUGUGGCCCGGUGUCUGCAGAUGAUGCUGCGUAUCGAUGAAUACCGCUUUGCUUUCCUCUCUGUCGAUGGUAUAUCCACCUUACUGUCGAUUCUGGCCUCCAGAGUGAACUUCCAGGUUCAAUACCAACUUGUAUUUUGUCUCUGGGUUUUGACAUUCAAUCCCCUAUUGGCUGAAAAAAUGAACAAGUUCAAUGUUAUUCCAAUCUUAGCUGAUAUCCUUAGCGAUUCCGUUAAAGAGAAGGUCACGCGUAUUGUGCUCGCAGUGUUCAGGAAUUUAAUUGAAAAACCUGAAGAUCAACAGGUUGCCAAAGAGCACUGCAUUGCCAUGGUACAGUGCAAGGUACUGAAGCAACUGUCAAUCCUUGAACAGAAGCGUUCUGAUGAUGAGGACAUUAUGAAUGAUGUGGAAUAUUUGAAUGAACGUCUACAAGCUUCCGUACAGGAUCUUAGCUCUUUUGAUCAGUAUGCUACUGAAGUAAAGAGUGGCCGCCUGGAAUGGUCCCCGGUACACAAAUCGGCCAAGUUCUGGCGCGAAAACGCGGCUCGUUUGAACGAACGUGGUCAGGAACUGCUUCGCACCCUGGUGCACUUGCUGGAGAAGAGCCGCGACCCUGUCGUACUCGCCGUCGCUUGCUAUGACAUCGGAGAAUAUGUGCGCCACUAUCCGCGCGGCAAACACAUCAUCGAACAACUUGGUGGUAAACAACGUGUCAUGUACCUCCUGAGUCACGACGAUCCGAAUGUACGGUACGAAGCCUUGCUCGCCGUGCAGAAACUUAUGGUUCACAACUGGGAAUAUCUCGGCAAGCAACUGGAGAAGGAACAAAUCGACAAACAGGCUGGCACUGUGGUCGGAGCUAAGGCAUAAAAUUUAUAUGACAUAACAUUGUAAAUUAAAAAAAUAUAUAAUUUGUUGCUAUUGUUACAUUGAUAGAAUGCUGUUACAAAUUCAUAAACAAUUCUUAUAUGCUAUUAUGGUUCAUAAAACUUAAUCAAACAUAAAAAGUAGAUUGCUUGAUUAAAAACACAUCAAUUGAAGUAAAUAUUGUAUUUCACUUUUAGUGUCAGCCAUUCAGAAAUAUGAUAGAAUAUUACUGUGUAUAUUACAUGUAUAAAAAUUGUGUUUUAAUUAUGAUUUGAUAAAUAUUAUUUAUUGUGUGAACCACAAAACUGUACAUCCAUUAGUAGCCAUUUGGCCUUGAUUUUGUUCAUGCCAGACCACAUUCCGUAAGGUCAUGUAAAUGAUGUAAAUUAAGUAGAGAAAUAUUAUAUAGUGGCCAUUUGUUGAUACGUGAAUUAAAACAGUAUUGUGAAUAAAGUUCUUAUAUUAGUUGAA